GCGCCUCCUGCUGCCGCACUUUCACUCUCCGCAGUCGCAUACCCUCCGCGUCCUGCCUCCGUCCGCCCGCCGCCCGCUCUUGCCAUGGAUGCCAAGAUCGUCGCUGUGCUGGCCCUCAUGCUGGCUGCGCUGUGCCUCAGCGACGGGAAACCGGUCAGCCUGAGCUACAGAUGCCCUUGCCGAUUCUUUGAGAGCCAUGUCGCCAGAGCCAAUGUCAAGCAUCUCAAAAUCCUCAACACUCCGAAUUGUGCCCUUCAGAUCGUGGCAAGGCUGAAGAACAACAAUAGACAAGUGUGCAUCGACCCGAAAUUGAAGUGGAUUCAGGAAUACCUGGAGAAAGCUUUAAACAAGGGGCGCAGAGAAGAAAAAGUGGGGAAAAAAGAAAAGAUAGGAAAAAAGAAGCGACAGAAGAAGAGAAAGGCUGCUCAGAAAAGGAAAAACUAGUUAUCUGCCACCUCGAGAAGGACCACAGUGCACUCUGCUCUUGUGUCUCCCGGCGCUUUGUAAAUCUGCCCUAACCCUCCUCCAGGGCAGAGCCCCUGCCUCCCGGGCGGGCGCUCAGACUUCCGUGGGGGAGCAGCACUUUGCCGCCACUGUGGCCACCCCGGGUCCUGUAUUGAUGUGCUUUUUAGGGCCUUUCCUGGUCUGCUAAGUUAAGAAGAAAGUAGUUGUACAAAGACCAGGGUUGGAGUCUGUGACACGGAGCCUGUGUGCUCAGGACUCUAUCUAGAACAGCCUGGGACUCCGGAAUGGCCCAGGGCUCCAUCUAGAAUGGCCCAGGGUCUCUCUCCAGCAUCACCCUGGGCUGAUGAGCCUCCACCCUGCCCUCCGCUCCCUCUCUCGCAAGGCCCAUGAUCACGAGCGCUCAGAGCUCACACAGCUCCCCACUCUUACAAGCUGCGUUCCCGUCUGAGGCCAGCGUGUGGCCACCUGGCCUGUGCACAGAGCGGUCUGCUGGCCCAGCAGCCGGCAUCUCACCCAGCAAGGGCCAUGUGCCUGAUACCCUCUCAUCUGCCACUGCCGGUGGCAUCACUGCCUUUGUGGGGCAGAGCUGGCUGUGGCCGUGCCAUUUGCAGGCGAUAACUGACUCCUUUCCCCAAAUGCCUGUUGCCUGGCUCUCCACCACUCUGCCACCUGGGGUAGGACUUUUCUGGCCGCUCCCUCCCUGGGCCUGGCACUGUAUGAGCGGCUUUACCUCCAAGCUUGGGUGGGUUUCUUCAGACCGUGUGGGGAGAAUGGCUGACAGCUCUGCAUUUCCAGAGGGCAGUUGUGGAAAUGCUUCUCAGGGAGCCUCUUUGCAGGGCAAUUCACUUUGUAGAUUCUUUAAAUGGGUCCCUGAUGCAGAGGAGGUGUGUGAAGGGCCUGUAGCUCUGGGGACUCCUAGCCUAUCCCCUUCCCCCUUCUGCGUGACCCCAAGUGAUUAAGUUCUGGGACGCAGCCGCCUCAGUCCUCACUCACCACCCCGACCUCAACACACAUACACACACAGAUUCAUGGCUCAGCUUUCUUGCCAAGUCUCUCCAAUUUGGGCUGGAAGGAGGGGGAUCACAGGGGAGAGCAAGGCCCUGACUUCAGUAGUGCUUUGAAAAGGGAAACCUUGAAUAUCUACUCUUCUCCCCAUCCCCCUGUCACACAGGGACACACACUCACCCUGUACCCCAGACCCCUGGUCAUAAUUUCAGUACAUGGAUCCAGAAAGACGACAUGGUUGAAGGAUGGAGCACAUGGAUUUCAGGAGAAGAAACCCAAGGUCCUUGCCUGUCACCUGGGUCACAGAGCGCUGUGUCCCCCUCACGCUUUAGUGCGCUCCUUUUAAUUACAGCAUAAGGAAUUAGAGCCAUUACUUUUCCUCACUGGAGAAGUGUCCCCCUAGGGCACUGUAGCCAAAGACUUUUACUUCCCACUGCCAUCCCUUGUACCCGGCUAACUCCCCCAGCCUGUGGCCCUCUUGCCAGCAACAGGGAUGGCAGGCCUGCUCCCGGGCGUGUGGGUUGCCCACUUACCUCAUCCUGCCUGUGGUGCCUCCGAAGGCCUCUGGAUGGCUGCUGGGCUAUCCAGGGCUGCAGUCCUUUCCGUGGAAGCCAGCAGCAGUGCUGGUCUGCAGGACCUUGGCCAGGGUAGCGCUGCUCUUACAAAAGCACCUGCAGAGGGUCAGACCUGUGACUCCACGCUCCCUUUUUCACACCGCAGGAGCAGUACCUUUCUGUGCCAGAGAGGGUGACAGGUCUGUUCUGGGAGAGCUGUUUGCCCUGUAGCAACUGUGGGUCAAGCUAUUGCUUCCCUGAGGUAGGCAAUAGCUUACAAACUGCUUUCUGCAGUGCCCAGGGAGACAGCAUCUGCCACCUCUCCGGGGGGAGCCGGGGCUGCGGGGACUCAGAGGGUUGGACCCACAUUAAAAAACAUAGGCAAGCCCCUGUCUGUCCUUAUAUGACUCCAUGGGCCCUGGGGCCUCACUGUAUCUGACCAGCGGGCCUCAGCCCCGCUGAAGGCAGGGUCGCCGUGGAAGAGCCGAAGAGCCGGACCUCCAUUCCGUUGUGGGUUGAAACUGACUAGGCAGCGCUGGCGCGUCUGCCACCGGGUGCGCAUGCGCGGUCCCAGUGCCGGCUGCCUGGGCGCCUAGCUCCGGGGCCACUCCGCCGCGCCAGCCCAGAGGUCCUGGGGCUUAAUGUCUAUGCUGGGCUAAGGCAUCGCGCUUCGUCCUGCCUUGUGACCACUGUGCCAUGCCAUCUCCGUGCCCUUGUCCGUCCAUCCGCCCUGUGCUUGCUGUGCCCACCUGCCCUCUCCGCUUCCCGCCUUCCAUCUAUCCUUCGCUUCUGCCAUGCUGUCUCUCUCACUUCAGUCCCCCUGCUCAGGGUCUCGGAAGGCAGAAGCACCGCAGAGAUUUGGAAGUCAGAGGUGUGUCCCCGGCUGGAGCGGGACUCAGCGUCUCAGGCGUGCGGCCCGGCCACUGCAGGAACCCGCCUUAAUGGUGUCUCCCUCUGUUCUUGU